UCAGAGACACCACAACAUAAAGAUGUACCUGAAACUUCUUUUCUGCCCUGGAUUCCUCCUGCUGUUUGCUAUCAGUCAGAACCAGGCAAGGGCCAGGCCGAUUUCCAGCUUACAGAGUCUGUCCAAAUUAUUUGAUGAGGAUCUGGAGCAUCCACUGAUCUCAGAAGAGAUGGAUUAUGAGCAAGAUGACAUGAUUCCAACAGGUGCCUUUGAUCAACAAGAGUCUGAGUUCCAGUGGACCCGAAACACCAGGGACCAGCCGGAGGGCAUGUCCACUAGUGACAAUGCUCUCCAGAGGUUCUUCAGUGACCUCGUGGGUUUACCUCGGAGGUAUCGAGGUAGAAGCAAAAAGCACCUAUCCAGGGGCUGUUUUGGUGUCAAGCUGGACAGAAUUGGGUCACUUAGUGGACUGGGAUGCUAG